UAGGUACUAUAGCUAAGUGUAUCUUUCCCUAUUGCAGGAUGACGUAGCUUUGCCAAGGACUCAAGACGCUAAGCAGAAAAUGAGCUUAACAUCCUGGUUUUUGGUGAGCAGUGGAGGCACUCGCCACAGGCUGCCUCGGGAAAUGAUUUUUGUUGGGAGAGAUGACUGCGAGCUCAUGCUGCAGUCUCGCAGUGUGGAUAAGCAACAUGCCGUAAUCAAUUAUGAUACCGCUGCAGAUGAACAUUUGGUGAAAGAUUUAGGCAGCCUGAAUGGGACUUUUGUGAAUGAUGUAAGGAUUCCAGAACAGACUUAUAUCACUUUGAAGCUUGAAGAUAAGCUGAGAUUUGGAUAUGAUACAAAUCUUUUCACUGUAGUUCGAGGAGAGCUGAGGGUCCCUGAGGAAGCUCUUAAGCAUGAGAAGUUUACUAUUCAGCUUCAAUUGUCUCAGAAAUCUUCAGAAUCAGAAUUGUCAAAAUCUGCAAGUGCCAAAAGUGUGGAUGCAAAGGUUGCAGAUGCUGCUUCAGAAGUGCCACACAAAGCCACAGAGGCCUUGAAGGCUGAGGAGAAAUCCACAGAUGUUUCUGCUGUGCCCCGUGGCACUCCAUUAUAUGGGCAGCCAUCUUGGUGGGGUGAUGAUGAAGUGGAUGAACAGAGAGCUUUCAAGUCUAGUGGCAAGUCUGAAGAGAAAAGUCAUGAAACCGGGCCAUCAGGAUGCAGCGUAAAUGCCAAGCAAGUUGAGGAGCAGUCUGCAGCUGCAAAUGAAGAAGCACUUUUUCCUUUCUGUAGGGAACCAAGUUACUUUGAAAUCCCUACAAAAGAAUUCCAGCAGCCAUCACAAAUUACAGAGAGCACUAUUCAUGAGAUCCCAACAAAAGACACACCAAGUUCCCAUACAACAGGUGCAGGGCAUGCUUCAUUUACCAUUGAAUUUGAUGACAGUACCCCAGGAAAGGUAACUAUUAGAGACCAUGUGACAAAAUUUACUUCUGAUCAGCGCCACAAGUCGAAGAAGUCUUCUCCUGGGACUCAAGACUUGCCGGGAAUUCAAACUGGAAUGAUGGCACCAGAAAACAAAGUAGCUGACUGGCUAGCACAAAACAACCCUCCUCAAAUGGUAUGGGAAAGAACAGAAGAGGAUUCUAAAAGUAUUAAAAGUGAUGUUCCAGUAUACUUGAAAAGGUUGAAAGGAAAUAAACAUGAUGAUGGUACACAGAGUGAUUCAGAGAACGCUGGGGCACACAGGCGUGGUGGCAAGCGUGCUGCUCUCGAGGAACACUUAAGACGCCACCACUCUGAGCAGAAGAAGCUGCAGAAGGUCCAGGCUGCUGAAAGACAUCAAGAUCAACCUGCUACUAGCUCUGCGCAUCACAGAGGGGGGCAUGGUGUUCCACAUGGGAAAUUGUUAAAACAGAAAUCAGAGGAGCCGUCGGUGUCAAUACCCUUCCUACAAACUGCAUUAUUAAGAAGUUCAGGGAGUCUUGGGCACAGACCAAGCCAGGAGAUGGAUAAAAUGUUAAAAAAUCAAGCUACUUCUGCCACUUCAGAAAAGGAUAAUGAUGAUGACCAAAGUGACAAGGGUACUUAUACCAUUGAGUUAGAGAAUCCCAACAGUGAGGAAGUGGAAGCAAGAAAAAUGAUUGACAAGGUAUUUGGAGUAGAUGACAAUCAGGAUUAUAAUAGGCCCAUUAUCAAUGAAAAACAUAAAGAUCUGAUAAAAGAUUGGGCUCUCAGCUCUGCUUCAGUAGUAAUGGAAGAAAGAAAGCCACUUAGCACAUCUGGAUUUCACAGCUCUGAGGAAGGCACAUCAUCUGGAAGCAAGCGCUGGGUUUCACAGUGGGCUAGUCUGGCUGCCAAUCAUACAAGGCAUGAUCAAGAAGACAGGAUAACUGAAUUAUCUGCAUCUCUUCCUUUAGAAAAGGAGACAGAUACUGGUGAAUCAGGCAUGUCACUGCGAAAUACUAGCUCUACAGCUUCUUUGAUUAGUCAGGGAGAAAGGAGGAGACGAACUCUUCCCCAGCUUCCAAAUGAAGAAAAGGCUGUUGAGAAUGCCAGAACAAAGAUGAUGGCACAGAGGUCAGAGAUAGGAGAGAAGCAAGACACAGAGCUGCAGGAGAAAGAGACGCCUACACAGAUACACCGGAAAGACAAACAAGAUGCUGAUAGAACCCUGAACAAAAUGAACCGGGCCGUCAAUGGUGAAAUUCUUCAAAGUGGUGGUGGAGAUAAUAAGACCUUGCUUCAUCUAGGGAGCUCUCCCGGGAAGGAGAAGAAUGAACGUGAUUCAGAAGCUUCUUUGGUAAAGCAAACGUUAGCUAAAAUCCAGCAACAACAGGAACAGAAGGAGCAGAUCCAGUGGACACCUACUAAGCUGUCUCCAAAAAAUGUUUCAGGCCCAAUAGAUAACUGUAGGGAGGAAACUUCUAAACAAGAGUCCCAGCCUCCAGAAAGAAUUCCAGGACUUUCUACAAGCAAAGGAGAAAGGAUUAUACAAAAUGAGAGCAAGAGAAAAAAAGCUGAGGAAAUCCUGAAAAGUCAGACUUCGAAAGGAGGAGACAGGAAAGAAUCUUCCAAGUCUUUAGUGCGACAAGGGAGCUUCACUAUAGAAAAACCUAGCCCAAACAUCCCCAUAGAACUUAUUCCUCAUAUAAACAAGCAGACGUCCACCCCGCCCUCCUUAGCAUUAACAUCUGCAAGCAGACUGCGAGACAGAAGCGACUCUGCGGAGACUGAUUCUAGUAUGGACACAACUCUUAUUCUGAAAGACACAGAAGCAGUGAUGGCUUUUCUAGAAGCUAAACUACGUGAAGAUAAUAAAACUGAUGAAGGCCCAGAUACUCCCAGUUACAACAGAGACAAUUCCAUCUCCCCAGAGUCCGAUGUGGAUACAGCUAGUACAAUAAGUCUGGUCACUGGAGAGACGGAAAGAAAGUCCACUCAAAAGCGGAAAAGCUUUACCAGCCUAUACAAAGAUAGGUGUUCCACGAGUUCUCCUUCCAAAGAUGUUACAAAAUCUUCAUCUUCAGGUGUUCGGGAGAAAAUUGAAAAGAAAACAAAAAGUCGUUCCACAGAUAUAGGUUCCAGAGCAGAUGGUCGAAAAUUUGUACAAUCCAGUGGGAGAAUAAGGCAGCCUUCAGUAGAUUUAACAGAUGAUGACCAGACGUCCAGUGUGCCUCACUCUGCUAUCUCUGAUAUUAUGUCAUCUGACCAGGAAACAUACUCUUGCAAAUCUCAUGGAAGGACUCCACUCACCUCCACUGAAGAGCAUAUGCAUUCCAAACUGGAUGGAAGCAAGGGCACAAAGUCUAAGACUUCUCCAGUAGCACCCAGUUCAUCUGGUAAACCCACCACUCUUCCAAGGCCUAGACCUACCAGGACUUCCCUCUUGCGCAGGGCACGGCUUGGUGAGGCUUCUGACAGCGAGCUGGCUGAUGCUGACAAGGCAUCUGUCGCUUCUGAAGUAUCCACCACCAGCUCCACAUCCAAACCCCCCACGGGAAGGCGCAGCAGCUCUAGGAUUGACCUGCUGGCUCAGCCCCGCAGGACAAGGCUUGGCUCGCUAUCAGCCCGUAGUGACUCUGAAGCAACACUGUCCAGAAGUAGCGCCUCCUCACGCACUGCAGAAGCCAUCAUUAGAAGUGGAGCCAGAUUAGUGCCGUCUGAUAAAUUUUCUCCUAGAAUUAGAGCUAACAGUAUCUCUCGACUAUCAGACUCCAAGAUCAAAAGUAUGACCUCAUCUCAUGGCUCUUCUUCAGUAAAUUCAAGAUGGAGGCGCUUUCCUACUGAUUAUGCUUCCACCUCAGAAGAUGAAUUUGGAUCAAACCGUAAUUCCCCUAAACAUACUCGUCUACGUACUUCUCCAGCCCUGAAAACCACUCGCUUGCAGAGCGCUGGAUCAGCAAUGCCUGCUAGUUCUUCAUUCAAGCACCGAAUUAAAGAACAGGAAGACUACAUCCGUGAUUGGACUGCUCAUCGAGAAGAGAUAGCCAGGAUCAGCCAAGAUCUCGCUCUCAUCGCUCGGGAGAUCAACGACGUGGCGGGGGAGAUCGACUCGGUGACGUCGUCGGGCACGGCCCCCAGCACCACAGUAAGCACUGCUGCCACCACCCCCGGUUCUGCCAUAGACACUAGAGAAGAGUUGGUUGAUCGUGUUUUUGACGAAAGUCUCAACUUCAGAAAAAUCCCUCCGUUAGUUCAUUCUAAAACUCCAGAAGGAAACAAUGGUCGGUGUGGUGAUUCGAGAUCUCAGCCAGUAGAGCCUCCUGAUCACCUCACAAUUACCAGACGGAGAACUUGGAGCAGGGAUGAAGUCAUGGGGGAUAAUCUGCUGCUGUCGUCCGUCUUUCAGUUCUCUAGAAAGAUACGACAGUCUAUAGACAAAACAGCUGGAAAAAUAAGGAUAUUAUUUAAAGACAAAGAUCGGAACUGGGAUGAAAUAGAGAACAAGCUGAGAGCUGAGAGCGAGGUCCCCAUUGUAAAAACCUCCAGCAUGGAGAUUUCUUCUAUCUUGCAGGAACUGAAAAGAGUUGAAAAGCAACUACAAGCGAUCAAUGCCAUGAUUGACCCAGAUGGAACUCUGGAGGCCCUUAACAACAUGGGAUUUCCCAAUGCCAUUUUGCCAUCUCCACCAAAACAGAAGUCCAGCCCUGUGAAUCAGCACAGCAGUCCGGGUCAGACUCCGACACUAUGCCAGCCAGAAGCUAGCGCUCUGCCUCCUGCACGCUCCGGCUCAGCUGAGUUUGACAAUGCCGAGUCUGAGGCUGAUUUCAGUAUACAUUUCAAUAGGUUCAACCCUGAUGGGGAAGAGGAAGACGUUGCAGUGCAGGAACGACUUUCUCUCGAUUAAGAAAUUAUUGCCUGUGGGAUUACUAGGAAUGUUGGAGUAGCAUAGCAUUGACCUACAAAACAAGAAGCUUAGUCAACCACAAUCUUGUUAUCCUUGUCUCCUUAAUUUUAUUUAUUUUGUACCUAUAAAAUAAUGUCAGACCAAUCCUCUCAAACCACUCGAAGCACACAUAGCAGCAAGUAGAUUGUGGCAGUUUUGCCUUUUGUGGUUUUGUGAUUUUCAAACUCGGUUUAAUAUCAUUGCAGCCUUUCCCCUCAUAGAUCUUUGUGUGUGU